UUCCCCUGCCUCCCUCCCUCCCCUUUGCGCCGAUUAACAGUUUCCAAAGAAGAAAAAUGGGUUUGCUCAAGGUCAAAGGGAUCAUCCCCAUCUCUUCUUUCCGUCUCUCCUCUCUUCUCCGCCUUCAGAAAGAUCCCAAGAUUGCUCUCCAACUCUUCCUAUACCCUAAUAAUGAAGAUGAUCAACAACAAUCGAAGCCCUUCCGCUACACUCUCCGCAAUUACGACCUCAUCAUCAACAUACUCGGCCGCGCUAAAAUGUUCGACGAGAUGGAUCACAUCGUCCAACGAAUGCACAAUGAAACCCGUUUCGUCCCUAAAGAGAUCAUCUUCUGUAACAUCAUAUCCUUCUAUGGUCGUGCUUCCCUCCCUGAUCAAGCUAUUCGUGUUUUUCUUCAAAUACCAUCAUUCCAUUGCCAUCAAACUCUAAGGUCUGUUAACACACUCUUGAAUGCUCUCUUGGACUGCCGACAAUUCGAUCAAAUGAUGUCAUUGUUUCUAUCUAUGAAAGAGUUAUGUGAACCCGAUGUCUGUACUUAUAAUAUAAUGAUGAAUGCUUUCUCUACUUGCGAUGAUUUGGAUAAUGCUUGGAAGAUGUUUGAUGAAAUGAAAAGGAAUGGAAUUGAACCGAAUGUGGUGACUUUUGCUACUCUGAUUAAUGCACUAUGUAAGAUGUCUUGUUUUGAAGAAGCAUUCAAGUUGAAAAAGGAAAUGGUUAGUGUUUAUAGGAUUCAACCAAAUGGGUAUAUCUAUGCAUCAUUGGUCAAGAUUCUAUGUAAGAUGGAUAAAUUGAGUUUAGCUUUCAAACUUAAAGAUGAGAUGUUGAAAAGCAAGAAUGGUGUGAAAUCCUCUGUUUACACUUCCUUAAUCAGCUCACUCUAUAAAGUGGGUCGUGGAAAAGAGGUUAAAUUUCUUCUCGAGGAAAUGAAAAUCUACGGGUGUGCACCCGUCACAGCAACCUAUAAUUCGAUCAUCCAUGGAUUAUGUAUCGAGAAGGAUUUCAAGGCUGCGUUUGCUGUAAUAGAUGAUAUGGAAAAUAAGUUCGGUAGAAGGGCGGAUACAGUAAGUUAUAACACACUUAUUUGUGGACUUAUGAAGGAUGGGAGAUGGAAUGAAGCAAAUGAUGUGUUUAAGGAUAUGCCUAGAAAAAGAUGUUUGCCUGAUAUUGUUACUUAUCGAACUCUUUUUAGUGGGUUUUGUGCGAUGAUGCAGCUUGAAGAAGCUGCGCUUAUUCUCGAUGAAAUGAUUUUCAAGGGAUAUAAGCCUUACGCCCCGAGCGUGACAAAGUUUAUCGAAUGUCUUUGCGACAGCGGGGAUGUGAAUUUAUUGGGGAAAGUUGUGGAAAUACUUGCGAAAGGAAAUGUUAUAGAUGUUCUAACAUGGUUUGCUGUUGUUCCAAUUGUUUGCAAGAAUGAGAAGCAAUUGAAUUCUUCUUCUUCUAAUAAGCUUGUUGAUGUAUUAUUGACACCAAGAUUAGAAGAUUACAAGUAAGUUGUAGUUUUUAUUAUAUUAUUAUGUAAUUUAAA